AUGGAUAUUGUGAUGAGUGCUGCCACCAAUGCGGCCGGACUCGCGAAGGCGGCGAGCCUGAACAGCCGGGCGUUCGUGACGUUCCUCGCCGGCAAUGGAGACUACGUGAAGGGCGUGAUAGGCUUGGCCAAGGGACUCAGAAAAGUUAGGACGGCUUACCCGCUCGUGGUGGCGGUCUUGCCGGACGUUCCGGGGGAGCAUCGUCGUAUGCUGGUGGCGCAGGGCUGCAUAAUCCGGGAGAUCGAGCCAGUGUAUCCCCCGGAGAACCAGACCCAGUUCGCCAUGGCUUACUACGUCAUCAACUACUCCAAACUCCGCAUCUGGGAGUUUGUGGAGUACCACAAGAUGAUAUACCUGGACGGAGACAUUCAGGUGUACGGGAACAUUGACCACCUCUUUGACUUGCCGGACGGCUACUUCUACGCCGUCAAAGACUGUUUCUGUGAGAAGACAUGGUCCGACACUCCCCAGUACAAGAUCGGGUAUUGCCAACAGUGUCCGGAGAGGGUCCAGUGGCCGGCAGAGAUGGGUCCGAAGCCGGCGCUGUACUUCAAUGCCGGCAUGUUCGUGUACGAGCCAAGCCUCUCCGUUUAUGACGAUCUUCUCAACACCCUCAAAGUCACGGCUCCCACCUCUUUUGCCGAGCAGGACUUUUUGAAUAUGUUCUUUAGAGAUAUUUACAAGCCUAUCCCUUCGGUGUACAACCUUGUCUUGGCCAUGCUGUGGCGGCACCCCGAGAACGUCGAGCUGGAGAAAGUGAAGGUUGUCCACUACUGUGCUGCGGGGUCAAAGCCAUGGAGAUACACAGGGAAAGAAGAGCACAUGGAGAGGGAAGACAUAAAAAUGUUAGUGAAGAACUGGUGGGAUAUUUACAACGAUGUCUCUUUGGAUUAUAGGAGACCCGAAAGCGAAACUGAGAGGCUUAUGGCGGCGCUGUCAAAGGCCGGUGCUGUGAAGUACGUUACGGCGCCAUCAGCUGCCUAA